AUGUCAACUCCAGCAAGAAAGAGACUAAUGAGGGAUUUCAAAAGAUUGCAGCAAGAUCCUCCUGCUGGGAUCAGUGGUGCUCCUCAAGAUAACAACAUCUUGCUCUGGAACGCCGUUAUCUUCGGUCCGGAUGAUACCCCUUGGGAUGGAGGUACCUUUAAGUUGACCCUUCAAUUUACAGAGGAUUAUCCGAACAAACCACCGACUGUCCGUUUUGUUUCUCGGAUGUUUCACCCAAAUAUCUAUGCAGAUGGAAGUAUUUGUCUUGACAUCUUACAAAACCAAUGGAGUCCCAUUUAUGAUGUUGCAGCAAUUCUUACAUCUAUCCAGUCCCUCCUCUGUGAUCCCAACCCAAACUCACCUGCAAACUCAGAAGCCGCCCGCUUAUUCAGCGACAACAGGCGAGAAUACAGUAGACGGGUGAAGGAGAUUGUGGAACAGAGUUGGACCGCUGAUUAA